AUGUCAGAACAGCGCCUUAUCGUUGUUGUCGGAGCUACCGAUCAGGGCUGUGCGAGCGCUCACCCGAGACACGAGCUCUCCCAAGUCAAAAGAGCUGCUGUCUCAACUCCAGACUUGCGACAACCGUCUGAGCUGGCUGUCGCCAACGUUCACGAUACCGGCAGCUUGGACGCAACUUUUGCUGGCGCACAUGCAGUGUUUGGCAUGACUGCCAACCAGAAAGAGCCUGGCGAGCUGCUCAUGACCGAGGAGGAUAUGAAGCACGAUAUUGUGGCUGGCAAGAACAUGAUCAAUGCCGCCAAGAAGAAUGGAGUGAAGCACUUUGUGUUCAGCAGCCUGCCCGAUAUCAUCAAGGGCAGCAACAACAAGUUCAAGGGUGCGAUAAUCAUGAACAACAAAGUGGAGAUUGAGAAACUUGCGCGGAGGGAGCUUGAUGGCUAUACUGGCAUCAUUCCUGGUAACUUCUUCACCAAUUUACACUGGCCUAUGUACACUCGGCUUCAGCCGGACGGCUCGGUGCGAUUAUGUGACCCCAUCGGAGCAGACAAGAGAACGCAGUGGCUCGACGGUGGCCGCGAUACCGGACUAUUCGUUGCCAGGAUCUUCGCUCUCGGUGUCGAGAAGACCAAGAAUAAGAAUUACAUUGCCGGCGGCAAGCUGCUGUUCGUUAACGACAUUAUGGAGACAUUCACACAUGUCACGGGGGGCCUUGCUCAGGCUGCUAGAGGCACACUUUGGGACCCGGCAAGCAGCGCUCAGGAUUGUACAGCCACAGCUCAAUAUUGCUUUGUCAGAGCUCAGGAAAAGCGGCAAGGUGCUCAUGCGUGGGCAUAG